AGCUACCCACCGGUGUCUCCUCCUCCAGAAAAGACCGCCGUCCACACCGGUCCACCUGCCACGCGACGUUAUCUACCCCAUCCCUCGGGCCGCCCUGAUUUUGGAGGAAGUACUGCGAGGAGUCUCCACGAGGGACGUGGUGACUGUAGAUCACCCUCCGCAACCACGACGGAACCUUCCAAUUGACGGCCGCCCUAUGAAAGCGGAGGUUACCGAUGAAGCCGAGGGCCGCUACGAAUGCUUGAAUACCAGCAGACCGGCGAGGCUACUGACAACGUCGUCAAUGCUGGAGAGAAGAAGCAUCCUGAGCACCGCGCGCAUCGCUAAGGAGGAAGAAAAGAUGAAGAUGGCUCUGGCCGUCUCUGUCCCCGCAGGCGGUCCUCGCUCUGGCGGCGGCGUGCGGUCUCGUGUCCACGUCCAAAGCAUUACAAAAGUCAGACGAGCCUCCGACGCCGAUUCCGAGCCGCGCCUCCGAGCCCGCUGCCCGACGCCCGCUUCGCGAGUGUCGAACACGAGAGAGACGUCUCAUCGAGCGCUUCUCUUCACGCUUUUGCGGUUCGUGCAACCGCGGCGCCCGCCAGGCGGCGUCCUCGCAGUUCGCGUUUUCUUCGCCAACGAAGAAGACGCAAACAAGAUGGAGACUGACAGUUCUACACAGCGGUCGUCGAAUCGGUCCUGUGUUCUUCCAUCACGGUCUGGUUUGGCGCUGCUACAAAAAAGGACAAACUCCGACUGCAGCGGACAAUCAAAACUGCUGAAAGGAUUGUCGGCACCCCCCUACCCACCCUUGAGGACUUGCACGCUGCCAGAACUAAGACAAGGGCGUGCAAAAUCCUCUCGGACCCUGCGCACCCCGGUCACCAGCUCUUCCAGCUCCUUCCCUCAGAUUCGUCUUCCGUCCAAGCCCUACGCCACGUUGCCCGUCUACACUUUGGGCCCCAGCGCGCCGGCUAAAGACGAAGCGGGCGCAUCUUCGGCCUCAUCCGAGUCGUUCGGGUCGGCGCGGAACCGCCGAAGCGUCUCCAAGUUCAGCAAGUCGGGCACGGGUGACGACGACGGCGGCGACGACGCGUCACCUCCGACCCGGGGCGACCUGGACCUCCCCGAGGAGCUGACGGAGGACUGGGCGUCCAUGGAGGUGUGCGUGGACUGCAAGAAGUUCAUCACGGAGAUCAUCUCGUCCAGCAAGCGCAGCCUGUGCGUGGCCAGCAAGCGGGCGCGCCUCCACCGCCGGACUCGCUCCUUCUACCGCAGCUCGUCCGCCUCCGGCGACUUCCGUCGCUCGCCGCGCAUCGCCAUCCACGAGGCGUAGACCGGGGGAACCCGCAAAAGACGUCGCGGGUUCUUCCCGCUCGCCAGAGUCGGUUCCCGCGCUCGGGAAAACGUUGGAGGAUGCUAAAGCGGAGAAAAGGAAGGACGGACUAAAUGGCUGUACAUAGCGUCCGAGCUCAGCCCAGCAAGUUUUCCUCGUUAGCACUCAGGAACAACAAGCGAUUGUCGAGACCCUCAGGUCGCCUUCCUCCAACCAAGCCACCUUUUUUUUCUUCUUUUUUUCUUCUUUUCAUGCUGCAAUUUCCCAACCCCCCUUUUUUAUUUGUACAAUUAUACCAAAUAAUCACUUUUGACGACGGCUUUCACGGUGGAAAUGGCAACAAACAAACAAACAAACUUUUUUCCCUUUUUUUUUUUGGUCCACAUUUUUUUUUUAUCAUUCCAAUUAUACCAAGUCAUCAUUUUUGAUGACUUCUUCCAUGGUGGAAAUGGUACAAAAAAGAUGCCCCCCCCCACCCCCAUUGGAGCUUUUUUCCACCCUUUUUAUUAGCUCAAUUACAGCAAAAUAUUUUUGGCUACUUUUCACAUGGAAAUGGCCAAAAAUACAUCUGCUUUAUCCCACAUUGGAGCUUCCCCCCCCCCCCACACACUUUUUAAAUGUAUUUAUUUAUUUAGUUUAAAUGAGGUCAAUCAUACCAAAUAAUUAUUUUUUGACUACAACUCCCAUAGCAGAAAUGGCAGCGUUUGUUUUUUCCCCCAGAAUUAUUGCCAAAUUGGAGUAUUUAUUUUCACUUUUUUUUAUUAAACCAGUUACAUUAAAUAAAAAUAUACUUUAUUUCGUAAUAGUAGCAAUGCCAGAUUUACAUUUUUUCUUUUUUGUCCCACUCCACCAAACCAAAUCAUUUUCCUUCUCUGAUGGUGGAAAUGCCCGCUUCCCCUUUUUAAAAUAUAUAUAAUUUUGCCCCCCCACAAAAAUCUCAAAAUGAUUGCUCAAUUCCACCCAAAAUUAUGUUUAAGUUUAAAUUCCUCCGAUUACGCCAACUAUAAGCACUUCUCUAAUUUACAGAUUUUUUUUCCCAAUUUUUUGUAUAUUUUUUUUUUGUCAACGUGAUUUUUGAAAAGUGUGCCCGGUGCCAAACUGCAGUUUGUUUUCUGCUUGUACAUAGUGUACAUGUAUUGAGUGCUGCGGACUCAUUGGCUGCUGCUUCUGCGAAUGUUGUACAUGCUGUAUUGCGCAAAAUGCUCCAGAUUUAAUACGACUUUUAUUUGUUUUAAGAGGAUCAAAUGUUUAUGUCAAAUCAAAGUCUUUCUUUUAUGUGUUGAAAAAAAAAAAACCCUCCUGGGUCUAUUUAUUUAUGUCGGGCUUUUGUCUUCAUAAUUAUUCAUUUGUUCCGCACGAAUGAAGGAUGAAUUCAACGUCAGCCGUUCACACAGAACAAAUGUGGUUGUUGAAGAUGUCACAUGACCUUUUCUGAUGCUUGAAGAAAAACACCAAACCAGCCGGGCCUGUUCUCAAUGACGCUCAUGUUCCCACCCAAGCUGAUUUGAAGUUUUAGGCUGCUGCCAGGAAUGUGUGCAUGCUUCUGUCUCUUUUUUGUUUUUAAACGACAAUAAAAACAUUGAUUUCUUA